AUGAAGAAGAAGGUGCUGUUGAUGGGCAAAAGUGGAUCUGGUAAGACCAGUAUGAGAUCCAUAAUAUUUGCAAACUACAUAGCAAGGGAUACGCGACGCUUAGGAGCAACAAUUGAUGUAGAACAUUCUCAUGUACGUUUCCUUGGAAAUUUGGUUUUAAAUUUAUGGGACUGUGGAGGUCAAGAAGCUUUUAUGGAGAACUACUUUGCUUCCCAGAGAGAUAAUAUCUUUCGUAAUGUAGAAGUUUUAAUAUAUGUGUUUGAUGUUGAGAGUAGAGAAAUGGAGAAAGAUAUGCAUUAUUAUCAGUCUUGCUUAGAAGCAAUUUUGCAGAACUCUCCAGAAGCUAGAAUAUUUUGCUUAGUACACAAAAUGGACUUGGUAUCAGAGGAUCAAAGAGAUGAUAUAUUCAGAGAAAGAGAAGAAGACCUUAAAAGGCUAUCCAAACCCCUAGAAUGCACAUGCUUUAGAACCAGUAUAUGGGAUGAAACUUUAUAUAAGGCAUGGUCCAGUAUAGUGUAUAAAUUGAUACCUAAUGUUAAGGCACUAGAAUCAUCUCUUAAACAGUUUGCAGCGAUUGUAGAUGCAGAUGAGGUGUUAUUGUUCGAGCGCGCGACUUUCCUCGUGGUAUCACACUGCCAGCGGAGGCCGCACCGUGACGCGCAUCGCUUCGAGAAAGUCUCCAACAUAGUCAAGCAGUUUAAACUUUCCUGCUCCAAACUUGCUGCGCAGUUCCAGAGUAUGGAGGUACGCAAUAGCGUAUUCGCAGCCUUCAUAGAUGGCUUCACAAGCAACACAUACGUAAUGGUAGAAAUGUCUGACCCGAAGAUACCUUCAGAAGCGACUUUGAUCAACAUCAGGAACGCCAGGAAACACUUUGAGAAACUAGAGAAAGUAUCCUCAUCGGCCCCUAGUCAGUACCAAUGA